AAACAUUUCGUGCACUUUUCCAGGAAGAUCAACCGAAGUAUCCACCCCAAUUCUAACCUGACAAGAAUAAUUCUGGGAGAUGUAGCCCCGCCCUCUGAUGCCUUAGAGUUUUCGUAAGUUUUUUCAAUUUGUACGUUGUUUCUUCAUUUUUCGCUAUUUUCUCAUUUUAUUCUUAACAUACAUUAAUCAAAUUAUUCUUUCUUUUUUAAAUAUUCCAGUGACGACACGGAUUCCUCCGAAGCAGAUUUUCCAGUUCUUCAUCGCCUUUACGGAAACUACACCGCGGCUGGCAGGAACGUGUCGCGCCUGUUAGACGCAGUUUUUAAAAAUUAUGACAAAAGAAUUAGGCCUUUUUACGCAGGUAAGCGCCUUUCCGUCCUGAUUUUUUCAUAGCUCAUCUUUGUUAGAUCGAUGCUUUUGUGAACCAUCUUACGGGUAAAAGAUCUACGGAGUAGACGAGUAACCGCUUUGGGACAGUAAAGCAGUUGGAGCAUGACAGACCGGCCUGCCAAGAGCUAGAGUGACCUGCCUCUAAUCAUUUUAAAACAGGCUAGCGUAAAGAAAAGGACAUACUCAAUGAAAGUGUGUGUACUAUUACCACUAGUAGUAGCAAGAGAAAAUAAUGUUACAAAGAGGGAAACGCCCAGUCUAGCCCUUGGGGUAUGCGAAUUUCACCAAAGCUAUUUUUAGACCAAUUAAACGGCUGAAAUUAAUCGGAAGUUGGUUACGAAGAGGUCCACCAACUUUUAUGUAGUGUUGUCAAGAGCGGAUAAUGGGAAAUUACCCUAUUUGUGUGUCGCCAUAGAGUUCUAAAGCCGGAUGACGUCAUAAAACUUAAAUCUGUGAAACGACGAAUUACGUAAGCAAUCUUGGGUCAUAUGUUUUUGGAUCGUAGACCCCUGCGUCAAAUUUAGAGGAAUUUUGUUCGGAGUUAUUUUGACAAAAUACGGGCAUAAUGUGGGCUAUUCUUUUUGUGCUAGUUUUUAAAACUUCGUCGCAAUCUUGUAGGCGUCUUGGGUGUUUUUCUUUCAGAAUAUCGUGACGAAUCCCAUAAUUUCACAAAUUUAAGUUUUAUGACGUCACGCUUAAUUACUCUAUUACAAUAAUCUGCAUUGUUUUCUUUAAGGACGACGCGCCCAGACUUGGUGACGUUAAAAUGUGCGGACUUCCCAGGAAUUAGAUUUCCGUUUAAUUACAACCUCUAUUCACACAUCCCGGCCAAUGCCCUGGUAUUCAAAUCUAAUACACGCAUUUCAUUUCAGUGAAACCACUGGACCUUGGAAUAAACUUGCUUAUUCUUUCAUUUGGAGAACUGAGUGAAACGAAAAUGGUAAGUUCUGCUAGUAUUAAAAAUGCAAUCUGAAUUAUAAAUUAAAAUAUUUCUUUGAUGUCACUAUUUUGAUAAUUGCCCAGGAGUUCCUGGUCAGCACAAGUAUCAGAUCGGGGCUACACUAUAACUACCUAACUAUAACACUAUUUAGUACUGUAAUUUUACCAUUAAUAUUUUUCUAUUUAGGAGUUCUCAGUUGAUUUGUACAUGGGGCAGUUCUGGCAGGAUCCUCGACUUGGCUUUGGUCUUAACCAGACCAUAAUUCUCAGUGGAGAGGCAACAGAGAAGCUAUGGGUCCCAGACACAUUCAUUGUAAACUCUAUCGACACUAAAAUUCACAAGUUGAUUGCAAUUAACAAAAAAGCCUGGAUACAUUUAGGAAAUGGGACCAUUAUGUUAGUCUUGCGGUGAGUUUGUGGCGCAACGGACGUACAUGUAACCAAGUAACUUAAAGCUUUUUUGACUGUUUUAGAAAUUUUAUUAUUACGUGCAGGUAGGGCAGUUUUUUAGACUCUUAUGCUGAAUACAAAAUGAGUUUAAAAAGAGAGUAUAAAACAUGUGAAAAAGAACAACAACAACAAAACUAAACGCAAAACAACAACCAGUGCCGGUUCCGAAAAGUUUUUUUUCGGCCCUUCGGACAUGGUAUUUUUAAAUAUAAACGCUCCUCCCCACAUUCUGGAGAGAGCCCGACGGCCCUGCCCUGGUCUAAAAAUCCCACCUGGAUCAACCACAACCACAACAAACGGAACUUUUUUCGUCGUUGUUUCUUUGUAAAAUUUGAACCAGGAACGGUAGCAAUCUUAGCUUUAAAGCAUUUUGGUUGGCUUUUGCAAUUUUCUUUUGCUGGACCUAACAUUCAGGAGGCCUUCUUCAAUGCUCCAUCCCUAUGGUUACGAAAAAGAACAUUUCACCUUUUUUUUCUAAUUUUGGUCUGGUUUGCAGAUACACUGCUCGAAGCUCUUGUAAAGUGGACUUGAGGGAUUAUCCCUUAGAUGAACAAAUUUGCCACUUGGCCUUUGAGAGUUGUAAGUACAAUUUAUCUAAAAUACAGUCAAACCUGUAUAUAACGGCCCUGUGUAUAGCGGUCACCCUGUAUAUCAGUUGCCUCAUAUUUUCUGCAAAGUUGACCUAUAUAUAUCGGUCUCCCUGUAUAUAACGGUCACCUUGCCAUUUCCAAAGGGUGAGGGUAAAGUCCUUCUUCCAUGCAUACAAUAUCCUCAGAGGGUCCCCAAUAGGGUUCUUCAAUUCCGUCAUCCCGACCAGAAUUUUCAUGGAAUCCCGUAAUCCCGAGGGUUAUUUUGGUAUCCAGCCUCCUGCACAUACUUUCAAUCCCGAAUCUCGCCUGAAUUUGCUUUAAAAUCCCGGAUCCCAAAAAAUUGAAGACCCUCUCUUCAGGCUAAUAAUAUACUUUCCUGUUUCAGUUUCGUUCGAAGAAAAGGAUUUAAACCUCACCUGGCACAGAUCAGAGGUCGGAAGUGACAUUUUCAUUUAUGACAAAGAAAUGGCACAGUUUGAUAUUUUGUCUGCCAAACGGUAUCAAAAACAUAAACUUUAUCAUUCUGGUGAGUAUUAUGUGAAAAAACUCAGGUAACUAUUAGCGCGCGAAACAUAGAAAAGCACCAUUCACUGGCUUAGAUCCAAGGGGGCUGAGGAGCAAUGUACUUUCGUUGGUUUUGGAGAAGGCUUAUAUAUACUAUAUCUAGUCGGUACUGGUACACUGACGAAACCAAUACAUAUGAAAUGCUUUCGCGCCAACCUUAUCUUGGGCGUUCAUUGUUUACUCUUCCUCAGCUGGUUGAAUUAAGCUUUUUAGUUUUCUUGAUAUUCGAGGCCACUUGGCCAGUGACGUCCAUGGAUGGGUGAUGAUUACCCUGCGAGCAAGCAAUCCAUUUAGGGGAUAUCGAGAGAGGUCACUCGCGAGCGGCACGCGAGAGGAGACGUGGGAGAUCUUGGUUGUAGGCUAGGUGAUGAUGCGCCAUACGCCCAAAAUGCUAUCGAUUGCUGCUAACGGUGCGGGAAGGCAUUUAGAGCGGUUUUCACUUGACUGUCGUAAAACCAAAACCAAAGUAAAUACACUAGCCAACCAAAGGGCGUAGUAAAACCAAAACCAAAACCAAAACCAAUCCCUUUCGACAGUCAAGUGAAAACCGCUCUAUAAAAGAUUAACUAAUCCUUACCACUUAGAUUUUUUCUUGCCUCUUUAGAAGGGUUCGCUGGUGUGACGGCAACAAUCCGUUUCAGACGUCGCACGAUGUACUACAUGUUCCAAAUGUACAUUCCCUGUAUCUGUGUUGUUAUCCUAUCCUGGGUCAGUUUCUGGGUCGACGAAACAGACGGCUCUGACCGCGUGGGACUAGGUAUAGCUACAGUGUUGACUAUCAGCUUCAUGCAAGGCGCACUGAAUGAUAACGUGCCACGCGUGUCCUACCUCAAGUCAAUCGAUUACUUCUUACUGGGCUCGUUCGUAUUCGUUUUCAUGACUUUGAUUGAAUAUGUGCUGGUGUUAAAGCAUUCAAGGAAACAGAAGAGGAGGAAGAAGGAACAAGAGAUAAAAACGUUAGAACGUGAAAGGAAGCGGCAAGAAGCUCUAAUGAUUACAGAGGACGAGGAUGAGAAGGUAGGAUGUGUAACUAUCUGUGCUGGGAAAAAAGCUUCCGUUGCAUAUACCCCCUGAAUAUUUCUCGAUUUUCUGUUUUUUAAAUUGAAAAAGAUAAUCAGGCAAGAGAAAAUUAAACCGUAAAUAGCAACGGUAUCAGUGAUUUUCUGGUUCUGCGGAUCACUCCCUUGUUUUGCCUUUGACGCGAUGAGGAGUUUAUGGCAUGAGACAGGGCACCCGAUCAACAUUUGUGAAAUACUGUAGGUGUUUUCUGUUUAUCUUGAGAAUAAUAUUGUGACAAAAUAAAAAAAAAUUGCAAGCAAAAAACUUCCUAAGGUUCUAUGUAUAUUCUCUGACUUUUUUCUUAUUGAUUUUUUCAGAUAAGUAAAACCACUGAUGGUAAACUGGACGAUUCGCAGCGACGAUUUUUGCCACAACACAACCGGCGUUGCAAUGCUCGCACAGUGUUGCAACCAGUUGAAACAAUGUAGCAACCGAUGUCGCUACGCUGUGUUGCGCUAAAAAUCGUCGUUGAAAAUUGUCUUGGUAACAUCAUUAAGAUCCUCUAGAUUUCAUUUUCUUUUAAAUACUCUUUCUUUUUUCAAGGUGACUGUAACAGUGUCCAUUGGUGACAAAACAUAUGAUUUUUGCAGCGGAAGAGAGAAAAAGAACAUUGGUGAACCAAUCAACUGCGCGAAUCACAACAAUAAUGCGCGCACAGUGAGGAUAAAAGAACCAGAUGACAACAUGAAAGAGAAUCGGCGAAAACCUGACAGAACACAUUUGAAAAAGCUUCAAAGAAGACCGUCUAUGAUUAAGAUUAUUAAAAAGACCAUCGAACCGAACGGCGAAGAGGAGAUAAAUUAUCUGGAUCGCUAUUGCCGGGUCGUGUUUCCCAUUUCAUACGCAAUCUUUCUGGGAGUCUACUUUGGGAUUUAUACAGUUCGAUGGGAAAAUCUAAUGAGUUCAGGAGACUAA